UCUGACCCAUCUACCCUUUCACAUAAUAUGCCUCUAACGAGAUAACGCAGUUGUUACCAAAAUCUCAAUUUAUCACGAAACUCCUCGAGUUCGCUUUGUUAGAACAAAGAUAAUGUUCUCAUCAGACAACGAACCUGCAAUCCGCUACCAACUCUGGGGAGGAUGUUUCGAGGAAGGGCCCUCCGCUGUUUUACGACGCCUUAACGACUCGCUUCCAAUCGACUCGCGACUCUAUCGCGAAGACAUCCAGGGCAGCCGCUGCUGGGCUCAAGAGCUUCACCGCAGUGGUUACCUUGCAAUGAAGGAUAAUGAAGAAAUACAACAGGGACUUAAUAAAGUAGAAAAAGAUAUAGAAGUAGAGUUAUCAGCGAAAGGAAAAUUAUCCGAUCCCGAAGAAGACAUCCACUCCGUAGUAGAGCGUCGGUUACAUGACCAUAUCGGCGACGCGGCUCUACGCCUACACACGGGUCGCAGCCGAAACGACCAAUCCGCAACCGAUACCAGGUUGUGGAUGCUGCAGGGGCUCCCAAGACUGAAGGAUAUACUUCUGGAAGAUAUACUGGUGUUGCUGAAUCGAGCAGAAUCUGAAAUAGACAUCAUUGCUCCGGGGUACACGCAUCUCCAAAGAGCUCAACCUAUUCUGUGGAGCCAUUUCCUCUUGAGUCACGCCUGGUUUCUUCGUGAUGACGUGUUGAGACUGGACGAGCAGACUAGUCGCUUGUCAAGAAGUCCGCUGGGGAGCGGGGCCUUAGCUGGCUGUGCUUUGGCUAUAGACCGAAGCAGACUAGGCAAGAGUCUUGACUUCGCUGACAUUACACCUAACUCUAUGUUUGGUGUUGGUUGCAGGGACCAUAUUGUGGAAUUUCUAAAUUGGGCAUCUUUAUGUGGCAUACACCUCAGCCGUCUGGCAGAAGACCUUAUCAUUUACAGCUCACAGGAAUUUGGUAUUGUAAAAUUUUCGGACCAAUUUUCUACUGGCUCUAGUUUAAUGCCACAAAAACGAAACCCUGAUGGUUUGGAAUUAGUUCGUGGCGCAGCUGGACUUUUUCUUGGGGACAGUUUUUCAUUUAGCUGUACGUUGAAGGGGUUGCCAAGUACAUAUAACAAAGAUCUGCAAUCGGACAAAGAGCUGUUGUUUAGAUCAUACGACAGGUUGUUGGAUUGCCUUAAAAUAAUAGGUGGAAGUGUUAGUACUAUGGAGGUAAAUGCCAAAAGAGCGCUAAAUUCCUUGGACCCAGGCAUGCUAGCAACUGACUUGGCGCUCGCGUUAGUUCGACGUGGGGUGCCUUUUCGACGAGCACACCAUUUAGUGGGAACCGCACUAAAGAGAGCAGAGGUUUUAGGCGUAGAUUUGCAAACUUUGCCACAUAAAGAAUAUACAGCCAUCUGUCCUGAAUUUGGUAAUGACGAAGAACUCAAAAAUGUAUUCUCAUGGAAAGCAAGCGUGGAACAGUACACUAGUGCCGGUGGAACAUCGCGAGCUGCAGUGGAGCAACAGCUGAACGAACUGCGUACAUGGUUUCGAUCUUGCAGCAAACAAUUAAAAUUUCAAUAAAUCGUACUGCUUAAAGCUUGGCAAAUAGAAUCACCAGAUAAAUUACUUACGUACCUAAAUUGCAUAAGUACUGUACCAAUAAAAAA